CUCCGAGCUGGGAAUUUAAUCCAACGAGCAGGGCCGGCCCUGACAGUGUUGGAGCCCUAUAGUGUCUGCCCUGGAGCAGAAUGGAGGAGUCUGACCUGUUGAAAGAGAGGCUACAGGCCAUCACCGAGAAGCAUCGCAUUCAGGAAGACAUCAGGCAGAAGAAACUGGAACUGGACCAAGAGAAACUCAGAGUGCAGCAUCUAAAGAAAAAAGCCCUGAGAGAGCAGUGGCUGCUACAGGACUCAGCUUCCCACAAUGCCCCUCAGCGGCAGAGCCUUCUGUCUGACCAGCAGCAGGCCAGAGCUCUGCAGCUCAACAUCCACAGGAUAGAGAGGGAGGUGGAGUCUCUGGAGAGGGAGGAGUCUAUGAUCUCCACCAAUGAGAGCUUCAUCCUCAACAGACUGAAGGCUGUGGAGAAACGUCCAGAGGACAUCAUCAAGUUGCUUUUUUACUGA